GUAAGCAUUUAGUCUCACCCGUGUGAGUCGUCUGUUAUUGUUAUUAACUUAUUGGGCGAAUAAGCGUAGUCAUAAGUCAUAAGUAGUGGUUAAAUAAGAGCAAUUGUCCUCAACCUGUCAUCAAGAUGUUGUCAUCAUCUUCUUCACCUGACAUAGAAGAAAGAGAUUCUCCAGAUAUGGAUGAGGAUUCAGGGCAAAAACAGGAGACCAAGGACCAGGCACCAGAUAAGGGUGUUAUCAUCUUCUCCAUUCCUGAUGUGGCACUGGUUGGGUCACAGCCACACUCGAACAGAAUUGUACCAGGAUCACUCCAUAUUGUGGACAAGGGUCACGGCAAGUACAUGCAGUGGCAGCGCUCGGACAGCCCGAGCCCGGAGCGGUCGGCGAACGGCGGCCGCGGCGAGCCGGCCGGGGCCGCCCGCAGUCCGGACCGCUCCGAGUGGGCGCUGCUCGAGCCCGCUGUCGGCUACCACCACAGUCAUGACAACGGCAAGGAAGACUCUGUGUCCAUGUCUCCGCCGGCCGCCGACUCUGCCGAGUUCCGUCCGCGACCGAUCGAGGUCGACCUCUCGGAGAUCCGCUCGCUGCGCGUCACGGAGCGCGGCACGCUCUGCGUGAUCGUCCAGUCAGACGGCAGCACCACCAGUCCGCUGCGCUUCCCCAGCAGCGCGCACAUGGACUCGUUUCUCGACAUGGUGAACAGCGUCACGCCCAUCGUCAGGUCGUGCAAGGACAAGGCGCUGUACCUUGCCGAAGAGCAGAGUCGGCCGGCGCGCGCCACCCAGGGCACCGUGGACACCCUGUACGGGUUCGCGCGCUUCUCCGAGCGACUGGUCGGUACUGGGAUAAAGCUGGUGCGCGACUUCCACCAGGACCCGCGCGCCGCCACACUCACCGGCAUCGGCAAGGUGGCUGAGAUUGUCCUGAACCGCGGCCUGGAGGACCACAGACCAGAGGAGGCCAUUGCCGACGCUCUCCGACAGCACAGCUUUGAACUGGAGCCGCCCCGGCUGCAGAGCACUCAGCACGAAGGUUUCGAGGUGGUGACCGAGAUCCGUCUCGGGGAGAAGCGCCCGGUGGCCCGCCAGAAGCCCCUCACUCAGCGGGAGUGGGACGACGCGCACGACGUCGAGGGCCGCAUCCUCGACCCAGACGCGCUGAGGAGGCGCAUCUUCCACGGGGGCGUGGAGCCGCAGCUGCGCGCCUCCGUCUGGCCGUUCCUGCUGGACUGCGAGAGGCCCGAGCUGACGACCGAGGAGCGGCGGGCGGCGCGGGACCAGCGGCGCGACGACUACUUCCGCAUGAAGCUGCAGUGGGCGUCCAUGUCGGAGAAGCAGCUGACAAGGUUCACCGGCCUGCGAGACCGACGCGCGCUGGUCGAAAAGGACGUGACUCGGACGGACCGCGGCGAGGCCUUCUUUUCCGGCACGUCCAACAUCACGCUGCUGCACGACAUUCUCGUUACCUACUGCAUGUACAACUUCGACCUCGGAUAUGUCCAGGGCAUGUCGGACCUUCUCAGUCCGAUUCUGUUCGUGGUGAAGGACGAGGUGGACGCCUUCUGGUGCUUUGUUGGAUUCAUGGAACGAGUGUGCGGUAAUUUCGAGCUGACCCAGAAGGGAAUGGAGCAGCAGUUCUCGGACCUGCACGCGCUUCUCCAGGUGUACGACCCGACCUUCUGCUCGUACCUGGACCGGAACGAGUCCAGCCAGAUGUCAUUCACAUUCAGGUGGCUGCUGGUAUGGUUUAAGCGCGAGCUCGACUGGCCCGACAUCCAGCGGCUGUGGGAGGUGCUGUGGACCGGCCUGCCCUGCUCCAACUUUGUACUGCUGGUGGCACUGUCGGUACUCGUCCAACAAAGGUCGACCAUCAUCGAGUCCGAGCUGGGGUUCUCGGCCAUCGUCAAGCACAUCAACGACCUAUCAAUGCACAUCGACCUGGAGUCGAGUCUGAAGCUGGCGGAGACCAUCUACGGCCAGUUCCGGGACGGCAGUCGGGUGCCGGCGCCUGUACUCCGUAUCCUGGACCUGCCUGUGCCGCCCGAGUCGGACGCGGGCUCCAGUCCGCCGGCCGGCUCUGCCCCGGCCGCCGCCGGCGCCGACUCGUCUCCCGCCGGCGGCCAGCGCAGCCACGACAGCAGUGUCAGUGAGGACGAGCGCAGCUACGAAAUAGCGCUGGCCUCGCAGUAUAUGUGAAUGUGGAGCGGACUGUGAGACGCAACAUGACACCGCGUGGUGUCGACUUUAAGGAGGGAUGCGUUUCGUACAGUGAUGAUGAGUAAGUGCGUUGGGAAGUGGCGCUGUAGAUAACUGUUGGUUGUUGGUCGCUGGAUGGUCACUUGACGAAGCGGUCAUGACAGGCCCCGAUCGACUUUGGAGGCACAUGCGCGGAGCACAGAGGAUUUUAUGUAGCGUCGAGCAACGUUUCAUGUACUGUGGGAGACAGGAAUUGCACAGGAUCUGGAUGAAUGGGGUCAAUCUCGCAUAUGUGGCUUAUCAGGCCUGCCUUCCGGUCGCUUAUCCCGUGUCGCGUCAAUUUGUGCGAGCUGAUAACGUAUCUCUAGGCGAUCCGCACAGAUCAAGGAGCUCGAAGCUGCGUGCGACGCGAAGACGAACGGUGGGCGCCUGGAUGUUGUGCGCGGAAAUCCCGGUUGUAUGCUCGGUGAUACUUAAGGCUAUGAGGUCAUGACGCCAGGGUGGUCAGUUGACUCAAAUGUUUAUACAGUCGGCCUGUAGUCAGUCUGGCUCGGGCCUCGCUCGAACACGUCGCGCUCCGCGAGAGUUGUUGCGUAUAGUACAAGAUAGAGUGUGGCAAGGACGACAUCGCAGUCUUUUGAUAAUGCGUUAUGUGUUACGGUUAUGUUUCAGCCUUGUGCGUCGUUUAUAUAGUACCGCAUAUCUUCCAGUAUGUUUAUCAUAUACGGAUAGUCCAGUUCAGAGUGCUGUUGUGUUGCAUAUCGCGCUCAGUUAGCCGGUGGAAAGUCUGCUUUAAAGCCGUCCUACUUACCCGCUGUGUUGUCGGCCCGAGUCCGCUCUCCGUUGCUGCCCCCGCUGCGUUGUCUGAAUACCGCUGGCGCCGCGCUGUCUCGCUGCACGUGCACUGGUAGCCCCGCCCGCUGCUCUGUGGGGCCGGUCGGUCAUACUGACCCCUGAACUCGGGCAGAGCCGCGAUAUUCGCCGGACUGGUGGACCCACGAGUCGCCGCUGCAGCGACUGGACGACGGCUGUCCAUGUUGAGGGUCUGUUGUGAAGAUCGUAUUUUCGUAUCUUGAUGCAAUAUACUGUAAAUGGCACGUGA